UCGACACACUCCUUGUCUCUCCUUUCUCUAAAAACACCACUCCUCUCUCCUCCCCCCUUCCCAACCCCACCCUCACCACCAUGCUCCGCACGUCUGUCGCCUCCGUCGCCCGCUCGUCGCGCGCCUUCUCCACCUCGGCGUCGCGCUCGUCCUACGCCGACACGAUCAAGAACAUCUACGUCAACAAGGACACCAAGGUCCUCAUCCAGGGCUUCACCGGCAAGACGAAGGCGGGCCAGACCCACCUCGGCCUCCCCGUCUUCGGCUCGGUUGCCGACGCCGUCCGCGCCGAGCAGCCCGAGGCGACCGUCAUCUACGUUCCUCCCGCCGGCGCCGCCGACGCCAUCCUCGAGGCCAUCGAGGCCGAGAUCCCCCUCAUCGUCACCAUCACCGAGGGUAUCCCCCAGCGCGACCAGCUCAAGAUCCACCAGGCCCUCCUUUCGCAGUCCAAGUCGCGCAUGGUCGGCGGCAACUGCCCCGGACUUCUCGCCGACACCUGCAAGCUCGGCAUCAUGCCCGGCCAGGUCUUCUCCAAGGGCAAGAUUGGCAUCGUCUCGCGCUCGGGCACCCUGACCUACGAGGCUGUCAACCAGACUACCCUCGCCGGCCUCGGCCAGUCGCUCACCGUCGGCAUCGGCGGCGACCCCUUCCCCGGCACCCAGCACAUUGACGUCGUCAAGGUCCUCCUCUCGGACCCCAAGACCGAGGGCAUUGUCCUCAUCGGUGAGAUCGGUGGCUCGAUGGAGGAGGACGCCGCCGCCUACCUCGCCGAGCACAACUCGGGCCCCAACGCCAAGCCUGUUGUCUCGUUCAUCGCCGGCCGUACCGCUCCCCCCGGCCGUCGCAUGGGCCACGCCGGUGCCAUCAUCGCCGGCGGCAAGGGUGCCGCCUCGGACAAGGUCGCUGCCCUCCAGAAGGCUGGCGCCAUUGUCGCCGAGUCCCCCGGCCAGAUCGGCCCCCUCAUGCUCAAGGCCAUGCAGGCUGCUGGCCGCGCCUAAGCGAAUCCUCACCCUCGAGAAAAAGUGGGUGUGCACCCGAGACAACAUUACUUUGUGCUAGUGAUAUCUCUCUGUAGCAUAGCACGGCGGGCGUACGCCGUCGCUAGAUGAAGCAUUUUGAUAGC